AUGCCCAGAACAAGUACCGCUGCUGAAAAAUGUUGUGUUACUAUCGUGUUUACCGGGUGUUCAUUGUCAUCCUUGAAAAAACUUUUAGAUGGUGUUGCUGUCAUGGUUUUGAUUUUGGUGUCACUAACCUUGGUUUACCGCCCGGCAGCCAUGUUUCGGCGACGUGCAAAUUUUCGCACAAACAAAGACCAGGUUUCAGAAAUCAUCCUCUCGAGUGACUUCGCUGACGAUGGCUUUUCUUUUUCAACCGCUUAUAGCAAAGAAAAAUAUCUUUCAUACGAACCACCUAUUGGCAGUUGGAGUAAACAACUUCAGGCCUUCGAAAACGCCGUCAUAAUAUCAAAGCUAUUAAACAGGACUCUUCUCGCCCGAGCGUUGGCAAGUGAACUUGAGCUCAAGCGACUGAGGAGAUUUGUGCGAAAAACUCUGCAACCGAACUCGAAAGUUUAUGAGCUUCUGGAUAAAAAAUUCACUGUUCCAAUUUCGUCGGUGGUUGAUUUUAAUCAUUUGUCAAAGCUGGUGAGGGUUCGUGAUGUCGGCGGAACGUAUCAACAGUUUUUGGGCAAUUACAAAAACAUGACCCGGCAUGAGGUUUGUAACAGAGACUCCAUGGGUUUCUGGGUUGAUUUUAUACCUGCGGCUAACAAUCACGAGGCUUGGAAAAUUCUUGAAUUUCAAGAUUUCUUUCCUCUUUUCCUCAAUGUUCCUACAGUAGAACCUGUUUGUGAUUAUGCACUACAAAUGCAGACUCAGCCUUACAAACCAAUUCCCUUUAUUCGAGGAAUUAUCUCUGAGUUAGGCAUGGUAGAAGAAGACAUUAUUUACUUCCGGGAGGGGUCUAUCGCCGCCAGUGACAUUCGGUUCCUCUCCAAGCAACGAGUCGCGCAUGCUCAGAAGUGGGCCCUUGAUUACAUCCGCUUUACCCCAUAUCUUCAAUCAAAGAUCCAAAGGAUGAUAGAAAGCGUUAAAAUGCCGUUUAAUGCCCUUCUUAUUUCCAAGGAGGAUGAAGAAGCAAAUCUCAACAAAACCAUUUACGUCAGACUCCGAGAAAUGGAAAAAAUGAAAUUCCGUGAGUUGACCAAAGUUUUGUAUGUUAUAACCCACAUGGAUAAUCUAACAUCUUUUGAGCCGUUGAGUAGUAAAGGCUAUGAAAUAUAUUUCACAAAGAGCCUUAUUCCUUCAGGCGUUAACUCGUUGGUGAGGUAUGACGUCACGGACCUAUUAGGAUUGAUGAUUUGUAAGUACGCAAGACUUUAUGCAGGACCAUCUGAUCCGUACCUCAUUCGACGAGGACGAAUCCACGAAGCCAAGACAAAAGAUAGUUUAUUUGUCGACCAUGUAACCGUACGAUGGGCUUUGCACACUAUCAAAAGAAUGCACCACUUUAAAACUUCCUUCAAUUACACAGGACUGGGUUUUCAAACUUCGAAGGCAAACUACAUAUCUUGCACAGUUUGUAAAUUUUUGCAAGGGACAGAGAAACAUAAACUCUGUUUUCCUCUAUUGAGCGAGUGUUCGAAGCUACGUGUCAGUUAG